UCUAGCCUCGUCUUUCCUUAGCUUCAACUCCUGUCUGCUGCACGUGUUUCUCAUUCGGUCCAGCCGUCAAAAGGUCUCGCCGGAGAAUAGUCUUGUCCAUGUGAUAUUUCCUGUUUUCUCAUUCGAUCCGGCCUCCUCUCGGAAAUGUGAUUCUUCCUGCUUUAACGAUUGACUUAACAAUUUUGAGUAUUUAUGCUUAUUUUUUAUGCGACCGAAUAAGUUACCUCCAGUUCCGACUUUACGACGAUUAGAACGUGCUUAUUAGGCUUUGUUACAUUCUCCAGAAAAUAUGUUGGAAGAGGCGAAGCGGUUCAGCACACAACAGGCGUACAUCCUUUCAAAAUCCCACCCUCCCAAAGUUUACAAAAGUUCUUACUCGGAUUUCUUGGGAAGUGACAAUUCUUUAUCGGAUAUUGAAUAUGAACACAAUUCCCCAACCCAAAAUGCAAAACAUACUAGUGGAGGUAUGGUGCGAAAAAAACGUGGUAAUCUGCCAAACGAGUCUGUCAAAAUUCUGAAAAAGUGGCUCUUCGAGCAUAGAUACAAUGCAUACCCCAGUGAUACAGAAAAGAAUAUGCUUUCACAAGAAGCAAAUCUGACAGUGCUCCAGGUGUGCAACUGGUUUAUAAAUGCUAGAAGGAGAAUACUACCCCAAAUGAUACGUCAAGAUGGUCAGGACCCCCAACAUUUUACGAUUACAAGGAAAGGGAAAAGAAAUGUAAAGAUAAAUAGUAACAUCGAAAAAGAAAGCCAUGAUUACUUAAAUAACAUCAAUAGCAGUAGUUGUUCAAACAGUGAAGAGGACUGCAAUUUAAGUGAACACAACAUUUCUGAUGGGGAAUGUACGGUUUCUCCAGAACCUUCGGAUAUUUCUCUUACUUAUCAAACAUGGACACCCGAGGAACCAAUGGAAAGUGAAGAUCCGUUCAAGUGCCUUCAUGUUCUUGUCGAAGCUGCUAUGGUGGUACGCCAAAGAGAAAUGGAAGCCGGGGUAUAGCACUUUGUAUAUAAUUGUUCAUUAAUUGUAUUUUAUGUUAAAAUAGUUUACCUGUUAGGGUUUUGUUUGCCAAUCAAUAUCUAAUAACUGUUACCUCAUAGAUGAUCGUAGUUGCAAUUAGUAUAGAUGUCUUCAUCUCAAAAAAUGUAUAUAAAGUGAUAAAUGAGAAUCAAAAGGAUGUCUCUUAAUGCACACUUUUUUAAGUGGUGGCCCUAAUCGGACUAGUGAUAUUUAAUUUCUUUAUUUUGGCCUGAUCAGUAAUAAGAAAAAAGCGAAAACGUACUAAGGGUAAUGGGAUUUUGUACUCCCUACAGAUGGUUUUGGACAACUAUAAAUAUUUGUAAUGUUUAUAUAUUGUUUUUCAGCAGUCAAAACUUAAAACCUAUUGACUAUAAUCGUGUUUUUUAGAAGUUGUUGGUACAAACUCGACUAAAACCUGGCUUUCUAGAUGCUGUCAUAAGUGUUAGGCUCGAUGAAAUUACAAAUAUAAAACUACCAGUGAAGAAUGAAUUUAUUAAAGCACACUGAUAUAUGGAUGUCAUACUUGUUACUUCAUCUUGUUGGUUGGCGAUUUUGGUUGAAAAUGGUAGGAUUUGUUUAAAGAAACAGUGUAGCUCUAUAAUACUCAUUCAUUCAAUGGUAUAACCUUUCAACUAAAUGUUGUUUUCUUUCAUAAGACUUUUUAGGCCCCACCAUAUUAAACUUUUAAAAAUUAUUCUUAUUGAAUGUGAUACCAUGCUGGAAUUAGAUGGAUUAAUUAAAUUUUCAAUUCUGGAUUACAUACCAAAAUAUUAAAUAUUUUUCUUUAGGCAGAAAAUCAAUAAAACUGUAGUGUUUUUCUCCACAAUGUUUUUUAUUCGCAUUAAGAUCUAAUAAUGUUAAAAUUAUUCAGAUAUUUUUAUAUUAAAUUUCCACAUAUUUUUCUACUUAAAUAUAGUGACUAUUUUUUCUGGUAUCAAAAAAAAAGAAAUAUUUUAAAUAACAAUAUGCAAUCAACUUUUUUAAGACUAAUUUCUGUGAGCACACUAAUAAUUAUAUUGUCAGGCUGAAUAAUCAUUAUUUUUUAAAAUUAUUCUUUUGGUACUUUAACAUAGACUUUAAGUGUUUGUUUGUAAAUAAUUUUAUUAAGUAGUACAAUGUAAUGAAAUUAGUUCAGACAUACUAAUUUAUGUUUGAAGUUUUAAGAAGUUUUUUCUCUUUUUUUUUCAAAGCAAGGAUUUUUUUUAUAAUUUACGCCUUUAUUUUACUCAAGGGAGAGAUUAAAGUGGACUUUUUAAUUUUAUACUUAUUUUUCCCUUUUAUAUAUAGAAAUAAAUUAACAUUUUUUUUUUCAAAUGUCCAAAUAAGACUCCUUUCAUUACUUCUCUAUGAAAUUAACAAAUUUAUUUAACACUUGAUUGAUAAGGGAUAAUCUAAAGUCGUUUACUUGAUACUUUACAGGGUACUUUUCCCUUCCAUCAUGUUUAACUUGUAUCCAGUUCAUUCAUAUUGUAACUAAAAUCUUUUCAUAUUUUGACCUGAUACUGAGUUUAUGUAUAUUAUAAAACUUUUCACUUUUUAUAAACAAAAAUGAAAUAUUUGUUGACCAGCCAUGAUAGUUCUAGAAGCCUAUUUUUUACAUCUUUGUCUUCCGUCUUUCAUUUUAUUUUACUAUUAUUUACUAAAUCUAUCUACACCAUCUUUCUAGUUGAAAAAUUGGGAAAAGUCUAUGUAUAAAGAAAAAAAGUCAGAUUAAAAAUUCAUUUAUUAAUGGAGUAUAAGUGCUAUGUAGAGAGUAUGCAGAUGCUGGAAGUUGAAUAAUCGUAUGUAAAAACAAUUCUCUUGACAAAAUUGUCCAAAAAUUAUCUGAUCAUUUUGACCCCUCAAAUAUAUUGAUCAGAAAUUCUCUUGGGUUAUUCUUAUUAAAAAUUAGAAGUUAAUUUUUUUCUAGUAGAAAAUCAGUGAUAUAUGUUAUGAAAUGUUUACCGGUGUUACAUCACCUCCUUAAGAUAUUCUCAAAUUUUACUUUCUCCCUGUUAAAUUUCUUCAAUAUAUUUUUAACAAUUGUCCUAAGUUAUGAGUUUGAGAUAGUAACUAUUUUCUAAAAAAAAAAAAAAAACGAAACUAGUUUUUUUUGCCAUUUGCAAUACGAUUGUUAUUGUGGUGAUUUAUUAGUAGGAAAUUGUUAUUAGACUAAAAUAUCAAGUCUGUAACUUAAAAGUAAAAUUUCAAAAUAGAUUUUGUAAUUAAUAUAGCUUUAGGAAAACUUGUUCUUCCAAGUGUUUAUAAUAAUGUAAUACCAAUGUCAUAAUGUUCCUGUUUUAUUGCAUCUGUUUUGAUAUAUCUUUCAAUGUAAAACUUAAUAUAGUACCUUCGUAGCACUAGUCUAUUCAUUAUGGCAACAAUGAAUCUUUGAACGUAUAUCCACGCAUUUUGUUAAUAUUAUUCAGAGUGGCAUUAAAUUUAAUUCUAUAUUUUUUUAACAGAAUACAAAAAUAUAGCUUUGUUGCCAAUUCUAACACAUCUGUCCAACAUUGCUCAACUGUUUAAUUCUGUAUAUCACCUUUGCAUAUGUUUUAGUAAAUUAUGUAUUUACUAGUAAUAAUCUAUUGUAUUCUGGUAAUGUAAUGGAUCAAGAAUAUUAAUGUACAAAAUACUAUUGAGGUUAAUACUGCCCUGUACCUAAUAGAAUAUAUACGUAACUUUUUUUUAAUUAUUAGAAAUUUACAUAAGGGCAAAUGUUCAUGUGUUCUCUUGUGAAUUGCUGACAAAAAGAAAGUAUUGCAUCAACUGAUGCAUUGUAAUAAUUAAUAAAUAUCACUCAAUUCUGAGUUUGUAGGAAUCUCAUUUUUUUAAAUAUUUUUUAAUGAGGUAAAUUUUCUUCUAGGAUCAGCAUUUCACUCGAUUCUCUUAUGUACAUAUAUAAUUAAAUUUAGUAGAACAUCA